CUGCUUCUCCACUUCCUGUUACUUUUAGUUCCUGGGGUCGUGUAAGUUAAAUGGUUCGGCCUUUUCCUCAGAUGUAACAAACAAACAGCAACAACAACAAACCAAUGGCUUGUCACCUCUCAGCCCAAUUCUAUGUGAGAUUGGCUUGAAAGAGCAUUUAAAAGCCGUGCGACAUGGACGACGUGUCGCUUACAAAAGUGGUGAAGUAAGGUGGCAUGUUCCAUGCGUCCCUGCCCUCCUGACGACAUGCUUAAUUAAAGCUCUCACGGAGGCACACCACUCACUAUGGGGCUCAACAUUGGUAUUCAGUUACUGUAGGCAAACAGAAGAAGAAGAGAGCGGCCCCUGUGUAUGUUAGACUCGUCAACCACAUCAUGGACACCGAAUAUUCAAAGAGAGUGUACCAGGGCGUUCGAGUCAAGCACACAGUCAAAGACCUGUUGGCAGAGAAACGAUCCCGACAGACCAAUGGGCCCAGAUACAGUAGUGGUUCAACAACUCCGCCUUCCUUCGUUCAGAUGUCAGGGUCUCAUAUGUUACCCAGCUACUAUGGUAUGAGGCGUCCUUUCAUAUCGGACUCAGACUUCGGCGCAUCUACCAAGCAGAUUUCACCGGAUAUGUACCCAUCCACCUUUGGAGGCAGACCACUGGGCUGUGAGACAGCUAGCUUCUCUCUCAUUGACACCUACUACCCUGACACUUUCAGUGAAUACCGCAACACCACCACCACCACCUUCUCAGGCUCUGGGGGAUCUUUCCUGCCUUCUUCAGCCCUAUCGUCUCUUUUGCCUCCCUUCUCUGGAGAGUCAUCACAUGUAUACAUGAGAGACGCGUGGGAGCAGUCGGUUCCAGAGCCGGUUCCUCAGGUGGAUCCUCUCUGUCCAGACAACUUGGCUUCUGUCAGCGUCCCAUCGUCCAUGCCCAGUCCAGAAUCCCAGGGGAGCCCCAACCAGCCAAGCCAAGGCUCGUCCAUGGGCCUGGGUUCCAGCGGCCAGUCCUAUACGCUGCACUCGCUCGAGGAUGCGCACUACCACCUAUUAACCUCAAGCAACUCCUACUCAGCCCCGCCCUCCUCCUUCCCUUGUCCUCCGUACACGAACAGCGACUCGGUAUCCAAAAUUGUGACUGAGGAGGCAGCCGAAAGUCACACCGGUCUCCCUCUCAAUGUGGAGGCUCACACUUCCUGGGAUAAGGAGGACGGUGUGAGCUCCUGGUCACCCUUCGAGCUCAGAAGGGCCUACUGACUUGCUCGCAUAUCUGAGUUUUAGUAUUGGGUGAAAAAGGUCUGGGACUUGGAUCACAGGGAAGAGUGGAUGGACCUUAUCUCAGUUGGUGUUGAUAAACUCAGGAGUUACUUGGCCCCCACAGGGAAGAAUUCAAGGCUCCACAAAAUAAAAAGACGACAAACAACAUGGGUGGUGGCGGGAAUUCUACAGUGUCUAAGAAACAAUUUGUUUGUUGUGAAGGACAUUCAGCACAAGAUUAAAAGUUCCAUCUCAAAUCAUAAGGUUCCUGGUCAAGGCGUCUUGCUAUGCCUCAUUUUAAACUGAUCUUAAAAUAAUUAUUGUCACAAAUAUUGAUAUUGUAAAAUAUCGUAUCGAUGAAAUACAUGAUGCUGUUUAUAAAAAAAAUUUAUUUUAUUUUUUUUUAAACGAUUGCAGGUCUGCGUUCCCAUCACAUGAGUCGUGGCUUUCAACCAAUCAAAUGUACUGAUUUGAAGAGGACCUACAGAUUUGGACAUGUAUCACGACAGCACCACUCUAACCCAAUUGUCCGCCAUCAUGAAACCUUUUGCAAUGUUUCCAUAUCAGAGCAAGAACCCUAAUGUUUAUUUGCUUCCUCUCCCUCUACAGCAUCUUCAAUUGACUCUGAUCACUGUAGAUUAGUGAUUUAUUCAAGGGAACUACACAUUGUAAUCGCCGACAGUUUUUCUUUUUCUGCAUGUGACUGUCUGAGCGGUUUUCUUUCGAUGGUGAUUAAUGUCAAAUGAUAUGAAUAUGUAUGUUG